CGACGAUCCAAACCAUUCAUUUCUCAUGUCAGCCAAGUGACUUCAACGUCUCUGUUCCGGCCUCUGAGGCCGUGGAGAGGUUCAAGAUGUUGAGUGGGAUACUCCUCUUCAAUCAAAAAGGCGAGAAUCUCAUAUUCAGAGCGUUCCGCCCUGACUGUCGCCCUCGAUUGGCAGACAUCUUCCGCAUUCAAGUCAUCUCCAAUGCUCAAGUUCGAUCGCCCAUCCUGACCCUGGGCUCUACCACUUUCAGCCAUGUGAAACACGAAAACAUCUAUCUCGUGGCGGUCACAAAGAGCAAUGCCAACGCCGCCGUUGUGUUCGAGUUCGUCUACAAAUUCAUCGCGCUGGGAAAGCAAUACUUUGGCAAAUUCGACGAAGAAGCGGUCAAGAAUAAUUUUGUCCUCAUCUACGAGCUUCUUGAUGAAAUCCUCGACUUUGGCUACCCUCAAAACACGGAUAUAGAUGUCCUCAAAAUGUACAUUACCCCAGACAACAUCUCUUCUGCCAUUCGAUCGGUCUCCGCACCUCCGAGCGACACUUCCAAGAUCACAAUGCAAGCCACGGGCGCUCAGUCAUGGAGGAGAGGAGACAUCAAAUACCGCAAGAACGAAGCCUUUGUGGAUGUCAUUGAGGACGUGAAUCUGCUCAUGAGUGCCACCGGUACCGUCCUUCGUGCGGAUGUCACUGGGCAGAUUGUCAUGAGGGCAUACCUCAGUGGAACACCAGAGUGCAAAUUCGGUCUCAACGACCAGUUGGUGGUGGGUCAAAUUGCGCAUGGAUUAGACGGUCCCAUCGGAAACCAAGAGGGAAAACGCAAGGCUACACGGGCAGCAGCUGGCUCUGUCACGUUGGAAGAUUGUCAAUUCCACCAGUGUGUGCAACUCGGCAAGUUUGAGACGGACCGGACCAUAUCGUUUGUCCCGCCCGACGGAGAGUUCGAGCUGAUGCGCUACCGAGCUGUCGAGAACGUCAAUCUGCCAUUCAAGGUGCACGCAAUUGUCCGUGAAGUUGGCACCACAAAGGUGGAAUACAGCAUUGCCGUCAAGGCCAAUUAUGGUAGCAAACUGUUCGCGACCAAUGUGGUAGUCAGAAUUCCUACCCCACUGAACACCGCCAACAUCACAGAACGGACCACUCAAGGGAAGGCCAAGUACGAACCAGAAAACAACUGCAUCGUGUGGAAGAUUGCCCGGUUCGUUGGUGGCAGCGAAUUUGUGCUCAGUGCCGAAGCCCACCUCACGAGCAUGACGAAUCAUAAGGCAUGGUCGCGACCUCCUUUGAGCAUGACCUUCUCCUUACUCAUGUUUACGAGCUCCGGGCUGCUGGUGCGAUACUUGAAAGUCUUUGAGAAGAACAACUACAGCAGUGUCAAAUGGGUCCGCUACAUGACGAAAGCUGGCAGCUAUGAAAUUCGAUUUUAAAGAGAGUUUCGGCCCCUUGGAGCAUUUCUCUGGACGACUGGGAGCAACUUCUCCAAUAUGUCUUUCGGAAAGGACGGAAAUGACAGCGUCAGUCCGGAUCCCCUCUGAAAAAGUCUCUCCCCAACAGUACCACGACCAACGACUUCGAUGCCUACUCUCGACCCCGGAAAUUGCAUGUUCGCUCAACCUCUAAUGCGCUGCCCGGUGGAAAUCAAGGAGACAUGAAAGAUGCCGGACAGGAAAGACAAGGAAAUACAGUCGAGGCUGCCAUCUGAGCCAAUGUUAUCUCGGUGAUAUACCUACUAAAUGCCAGUUCGCUGGAGCUGGAAAAGGAUAUUUAUACAAGCAAGAAGUGUUUGGGACCAGUCUAUGCCAUCAAUAUCAGCAAAGAGCCAUCACCAACUCGAAAUGUCCAAAUUCGUCCUUGAGAUUCUGCCGCCUCUUCUCAAGCCAACAUUACCCUCCCCAACUAGCAAGCUCCACCUUCUCCCAAGGCUAUCUCUGUCCUUGCCCAGUUUCCUUGCGCAGUCAUUCCAAUCGCGUUUUGACAGUCUCAGCUUCUCGAGCACUGUCUCUACCAGCAUCCGGUCAUCGUCUUCGGUCCAUUCUGCGUCGUCCACUGAUGGAGAUGACCCGUAAGCCGAAUCUUGGUCGGAGGGUAUAUGGUUGUGAGGGCUGAUCAUGGGCAUGUCGAGCUCUACCUCGUCGGCAGGUGUCUCCAGCGCACGGAAAUCAUCUGCCGAGAGACCCAUCGGCAUGGAGAGAGGGACUUUCCGCCGUCGUUUUGGAGUCCGAAUUGGCUGAGGUGUGCGUUGACAAUCUUCCAUGAGUACAUCUGUAGCGGAAAUCAUGUCCUCCUCAAAAUCACUGCGCCGUCGCUUGUUCGCGCGUCUGGGCGGCGGUGCCUGUGCUUCUCGAGGGGGAAUGGUUUCUUCAGCGGGCGCAAAGGGGUUCCCCAAGUCCAGCGGCUGAGCUGGUUGGGUGGACUGGAUCGCGGCAGGGGCUCCGAGGAUGGCCUGCAAAGCGCGGCAACUCGAGGAUAGCGGGCUCGGGCGCGCAUUUGUAGAGUACUGGGGUUCAUAUGCGCCGAAGGAUGGGAGCUUAGGUCUUUGAAGUCUGAGUUGGGGUUGCAAGCCGCCAUCGCACGAGAAUGCGGAUGGGAGCAGCAUGGUCAAUGCGCCGCGAGGUGUCGUGCAAUGCAAAGCGGUCUGCGGCGGUCGAGAGAGAUGCGCCAGGAAUUGUGCGGACGCGAAGGCUGGCAAUCAGGACGGGAACUGCGGGCGCAAGUAUUCGUAGAUAUGGUCUGAAGCUCGAGAGGAGAUCGUUGUAUGAAGAUUGAGAACGCAGGGGUGUGUUCUUGCUGAUGUGUGUGUACGGAGACCGAAGGCCUGUGCGCACAGGUAGAGCAGACGCAGGUGUUCAGAAGAGGGAUUCGAGGAGGAGGAGGAUCUGCGAGAGGCGCCGGGAAGAAAAGGCCCGACGCAGGGCCGCAGCGUGCAUGGGUGGCAGCCACCCACCGAGCCACGCCCCGUUUGAACACCUAAUUAAGCACCGGGACUACCUAGCGGUGCCUAGCGGUGCCUAGCUUGGUGCCCAGAGUCCCAAGUCAUGCCCCCGUUGAAAGUGAGGACAGCAGCAGCCCUCACCGUGAAGAACUGGUGCAGCC